ACGCUCAAAGCCGCAGAAGCUUACAAUAGAGCUCAGGAAUCUCGUUCUUUUUCCAGUCCCACGGGCACACGUGGUCUCUGGAAGAGCCUAUCGGAGGUGAAUAAGUCCGGUAAGAAUAAAAGUUUCUGGGUUGGGCUAGGAAUGGCAAGGAGAAGCCUGAGCGAGGGAACAGACAUGGGAGCCAAGUGGCAAGGCAGUUCUGAGCCUUGUCACCGUAGCUGGCUACUGGCCAAUCCGGAGGAGCCUCGUCCUGUCUGAGUAACCGAGCUUCCUCGGAAGGGAGGAAACAGUUAAAGUCUCAGGGAGCUGCAAUCAGCUAGGCGUGGCUCUCUGGCUUGACUUGGGCUGCACAGAUCCUGAGCCAAGGGACUCAGGAAGGACGCCUUAGUCCGCAGAACCUCCAGAUGGCUGAAUUGGAUCUGAUUGCCCCAGGGCCUCUGACAGGGGUCACUGUCCACCCUUUGGCCCCUCUCGGCCCAGACCCUGUGCCAGUUAUCCCAGUAGAAAAAGAAGAUGCGGAGCCUCUCAGCAAGCCAGGCGACGAAACCCAGGGGCAGGGUCGUGACCCCGCAAAGCUCGGGGCUCCUGGUGAUGAAGAGGAGGGGCAGAUCCUGUGUGACUUCUGUCUUGGCGCCAGCAGAGUAAGGGCAGUGAAGUCCUGUCUGACCUGCAUGGUAAAUUACUGUGAGGAGCACCUGCGGCCACACCAGGAGAACAGCAAACUGCACAGCCACCAGCUAACCGAGCCCACAAAGGAUCAGGAUCUGCGCACCUGCCCUGCCCACCACAGCCCUUUAGUUUCCUUCUGCCACACGCACCAGCAGUGUAUCUGCCAGGAAUGUGGCGAGGGUGAACACAGAGGUGACAGUACUGUCUCCCUGGAUGCAGCCCGCAGGAAUAAAGAGGUGGACCUUCGGUGCAUGCAGUUGGACCUGGAGCAGAAGCUCAAGUUGAAUGAAAAUGCCAUUGCCAGGCUCCAAGCCAACCAUAAGUCUGUUUUGGUGUCGGUGUCAGAGGUGAAGGUGGUGGCCGAAGAGAAGUUUGGGGAACUCCUUGCAGCCGUGAGGAAGGCCCAGGCUGAUGUGAUGCUCUUCUUAGAGGAGAAAGAACAGGCUGCACUGAAUCAGGUCAACGGCAUCAAAACCCACCUGGAACACAGGAGCAUGGAGAUGGAGAAAAGCAAGCAGGAGCUGGAGAAGUUGGCCACCAUCAGCAACACUGUGCUCUUCCUGGAGGAGUACUGCAAGCUUAAGAAGACAGAGGACACUGCCUCCCCAAGCAUCUACAUAGGGCUGAAGGAUAAACUCUCAGGCGUCCGCAAGGUCAUCACAGACUCAACUCUGCACUUGAUCCAGUUGCUAGAAGGCUAUAAGGAAAAGCUCCAGGAGUUUUCCAGGGAAGAGGAAUACGACAUCAAAACUCAAGUGUCUGCCAUUGUCCAGCGCAAGUAUAGGACCUCAAAACCUGAGCCCAGAACCCGGGAUGAGUUUCUUCAAUAUACAUGUGACAUCACAUUCGACCCAGACACAGCACACAGGUACCUUCGCCUGCAGGAGGACAACCGCAAGGUCACCAACACCACGCCCUGGGAACACCCCUACCCGGACCUCCCCACUAGAUUUCUGCACUGGCGGCAGGUGCUGUCCCAACAGAGCCUGUACCUGCACAGAUAUUAUUUUGAGGUGGAGAUCUCUGGAGGUGGCACCUAUGUUGGCCUGACCUGCAAAGGCAUUGACCGUAAGGGGGAGGAACGCAACAGCUGCAUUUCUGGAAAUAGCUUCUCCUGGAGCAUUCAUUGGAACGGGAAGGAGUUCACAGCCUGGCACAGUGACACAGAGACCCCGCUCAAGGCUGGCCCCUUCCGGAGGCUCGGCAUCUAUGUAAACUUCCCAGGAGGAAUCCUCUCCUUCUAUGGCGUAGAGUAUGAUGCCAUGACUCUGAUUCACAAGUUUGACUGCAAGUUCUCAGAGCCGGUCUAUGCUGCCUUCUGGCUGUCUAAGAAAGAAAACGCCAUCCGGAUUGUGGAUCUGGGAGAGGAGCCCCAGAAGCCAGCUGAGUCCUCGGUGGAGGCUGCUCCUUAGAUUCUAGGCUCUGGCUCCCAGACUUUGCUGAGUGUGACAACUGGGCAGCAGCUGGUAUUUUAAGGUGGACUGAAAUACCUGCUGAUAGUAGCUGGCUUUAAAAAUUGUGUGGGUCCUGAAUAAACUUUCCUGCCUGCUUCUCAAGACAGUUCUUGCAUGAAUGCAGAAACUCUAAGGCACCAAAACUUCUCCUCAGAUCUUCUAGUGAUGGUCUCCCGUCUCCUCAGGUGAUUGUCACCCUUCAUCCAGAAUUUCCAACUAGGGAUCUUCAAACCAUAACCAGACUUCACAGGGAUCAUAAUAAACCACAAGCACAUCGCUGUGCGUUUCUUAUGUACUGGGCAGUGUUCGGAGUGCUUUCUCUGUGUUAGUUCAUGUCACCUUCAUGGGGCAAAUGUUUAUAUUGUCCUCAUGACACACGUUAGGGGUUGGUGGCCAGGAUGGUCAGCUAACUUGUCUUGUCACUCAGUAAAUGGGGGACUGAGGUGGGAUUCAAAUCUGUUGUUGAACCUGUGACUACCUGUUAUGCUUACCUCAUUAGCUCAUAAAUGUUAUGCAUAAGGUGUAAACCACAUGCUAAACCACAUAGCCAACAGUAUCUUCAGCAUCCCUCUUAAGAGGAUUUUUGUUUUUUUUUUCUGCAUGUGCUAGGCUCAGCUUGGUCAAUCAAGCUUGCACCAUCUGAGCAAGCCCUCAUCCCUCACACAUCAUCAGCAUCAGCAGCACAUAAUGGUUUUGAACAGCAAGAUUUAGGAUGUUUUAGCGAGGUUCUUUAGAGAGGAGUAGUCAUCCUCUCUUCUUCAUGGACUCGUCUAUGUUUUUGUGCAGAGGGAUAGUUCCUCAGGUAUUUGGGGACAGUGUUCACCUCUCCCAGGACCUACACCUGUGUGUUUGUGCUAAGCUGAUACUUAGCGAUGAUACUAAGCGAUGACCCCAUUUCCCCCUGACACCCUGCCGGUUGAUGACUUCGUUCUCCUUUAGACAGAUGAUGAGCAUCCAUCAAGCCUUUAUGCACACCAUCUUAAAAUGGAUUUCUAUUGCCCUACCCUGAAGUCCCGGGUGGGCUUUACUUCUGUGUCUUUUCCCAUGACCUGUGUCAAGGCAAGUCUUACCGUUCGACCGGUCUCGUGAUCCUGUCUCAACUGUGUGCUCCUUUAGGCUUACUUGACUCGAUUCUAAGACUCUGCACCUUUGUCUCGAAGGACUUAAAUACUUUCCGCCGACUUCCUCAUGCCACUACUGUGCACCGAGACACUUUCACGAUCUAGUGCAUUACUCCUCCUUCCAGCAGACACGGUUUCCCUGCAGAGUCAACGGCCUUCUCUCAAGUCUAAACCUUGGUUCAGAUUGUGAGGGCCAAAGCUUUAGCCCUUACACACUAGCUUCUCAGUGGGAGAACUGUGCAGAGCCAGGGCUCGCUGUUCGCCUCCCUUUCCCACUGAACACGAUCAAAGAGCUUUUCUUUUCUUAUCUUUUUUUUUUUCUUUUCUUUUCAUUUCAUUUGAGAUAGGGCCUCACGAUGUGGCCUAAGCCAGGCUGGGAUACACUGUAUAUUCUCCACUGGCCUCAGACUCAGUUCUCUCCUCUUAGCUUCCACAUGCUCGGGUUAUAAGCUUGAGUCACCAGUGCGAUGCUCAGCUCAGCAAAGCACCUUUUCAGUGGCAGAACUCAAUUUGAAUCUCUUGGAUUUAGCAGUUAAAGAAUACUCUUCAAAUGAGAAAAUCAUGUCUUCCUGGCCUGCCUUUCUUUUCUUUUAAAAUUUUUUUUGUCUUGAAUUUUAUUUUUAAUUGAUACACAGUAACUAUAUAUUUAUGGAAUUCAGUGUGACUUUUCAACACAUGUAUGUAGUGGUUUUUCAACAGAUGUAUGUAGUAAUAACUAAGUAAGAGCAUAUACUUAUUCCCAUACCAGAAAAUAUUUAUUUGUUGUAACACUUCAAAUCCUGUCUUUCAAUUGUUUUGAAAUAAACCUGCUUUUUAAAAAAAAUUA